AUGUUCCAGGCAAAAGUACAAACAGAUAAUAAAUUAAUCCCCAACACGGUUUUGCCAUUCUACAUCAAGGAGUUUCGGACUCCUAAGGAAUCAAAAUCAAGAAAUCCUCUAGCCACCCUCCACAAGCGAAUCGGUGACCUGUUCCGAGAAUAUUGCUCGCACAGUUCAAUCCACUGCAUCAACUACAUUGGAUCUGCGCAGCGAUCCUGCUGGGAACGCCUCUGGUGGGUCGCGAUGCUCACCCUUUCGAUCUACGGCUGUGCGCGACUCAUCCAGAACAUCUACUACCGCUGGGAGCACAAACCGGUCAUUGUGAGCUUCGACGAGAAGCCCACGUCCGUGCUGCAGAUUCCCUUCCCAGCGGUGACGAUCUGCCCGGAGACAAAGUUCCGCCCGGAGUGUUUGAACUUUUCGGCACUGUCGGAGAAGUUUUUCGAAGGAAAUUGUAAAGGAAAAGAUACCGUUAACGAAGAAGAGAUUCAAGCAUUUUUGAGUUUGAUUCAAAUCUGCGAUCGCCAUUACUCUUACGAACCUUAUCAAUCCUUGCUGGCAAAGUAUAACUUGCAAGAUAGGUUCAAGGAAACGUUAACAGAUGAAGGCAUUUGUUAUACCUUCAAUCUUCUACCACAGAAGGAGAUUUUCCGGGAAGAAAAUCUUCACAACAAUUACUACUACUCUACGAGUUUGUACAAUUCGUCAAGCUGGUCUUUAGACGAUGGGUACGAUCCACGAGCAGGCCUUCUAACCUUUCCGAGUCGAAUCCUGGGUUCAGGAUUCGAAUCAGGGAUCUACCUGCAGCUGCAGAUCCCAACAUCAUACGAGGAUUACCACUGUCGUGAAGCUCAAGGUUUCAAGGUAUUGCUGCACUCCCCAGCAGAAUAUCCCGUAGCUUCGAAAAAAUUUCUCCGCUUAACGUUCAGACACGAAGUUACAAUUGUCAUUAAACCGGAGAUCAUUCUUACGUCAAAAUCAUUGCACAGCUACACCCCUUCCCGACGCCACUGCUUCUUCAGCCACGAACGGAAGCUCCAGUUCUUUGCGAUCUACAACCAGGCCAACUGCGAACUGGAAUGCCUCACAAACUACACUCGGAAGCUAUGCAGUUGUGUCCGGUUCUCGAUGCCUCACCAUGGAAGGACUAAGAUUUGCGAAAGCUAUCAACUUGAGUGUUGCAUUCAGGCUGAGAAUAAAGUUCAACUGCUGAUCGCGAACGAAGGUAUCGGGAAGGAAUCGCUGUGCGUAGAUCAGUGCCGUUGUCUACCCGCGUGCAACUCGAUCGAGUACGACACCGAGAUCACCCAAACCAAGUAUGAUUUUCUGAAGUCGUUUGAGCUGCGUUACAAAUCACGAAUCCCAGCGGAUGUGCUGAAGAACAUAACCAGCAUAAACUACGCCAAGCUGGCGAUUUACUUCAAGCAGGCUCAGUACACGGCUAUGAAGCGCAACGAACUGUUUGGCUGGACGGACUUUAUUGCCAACUGUGGUGGAGUUCUGGGUCUGUGCAUGGGAGUCAGCUUGCUCAGCCUCGUUGAGCUGCUGUACUACUGCCUGGUGCGUCCGGUUCUAAUGCAUCGCCAAGGUCGCGACUCCCUGCCGGCAGUAGCCGAGCGGAUCACGACCGUGCGAAGCUUGUACUAA